AUGUCAGAAGGGCAGCCGCCCGCAAUGCCAGCGGCUGCAGCGACGGACCUCUACGGAUUCGGCGGCGCCGUCGAUCGGGCCAACCAGAUGGUGGAUGGCGAUGCGACGCCGCGGCCGAACGCCGCAUUCACGGGGUCCCAGGACGAGGCCAUGAUGUUGCUGUUUGACGACCCGUCGUCUUUCUUCGGCGGCUUCUUUGAAGAUUUCCAGCAAGCGCCGGCCUCACCGACGGCGGCUACGGACACGAUGCCGACGACGAUAUCCCUGCAUAUGCUGCCGCCAACGGCUUUUGACAACGACAACGACGGCAGCAGCCCGACGACGGCCGAGAGCAACGGUAGCGGUAGCAGCACGCUGCUGGUCCGGCCGGCGGUGUCGGCCAUUGAGGGUCCUGGCGCGGGGCCGCAGCCGGCGACCGAGUUCGAGCAGCAGGGCCCGGCGGCGAGUGGCAGCGCCCUGGCCGAAUUUACACGGCGCAAGAACUGGCCGGCCAAGAUCGUCGAGGAGCUGCGCGACCUGCUGAUGGUGAUCGAUCCCAAUGGACGGAUCCGCUACGUCACGGCACGGCUGCCGGAGCUGCUCGGCUACUCGCACACCGAGGCGGUCGGCCAGAUGCUGACGGACCUCGUCCACGUCGACGACCGCUUCGUCUUCAUGUCCGAGCUCAAUGCCUGCAUCGCCAAUGCGGCGCUGCUGCGGCUCUACUGUCGCAUCCGCCGACGUGAUGGAUCCUAUGCCGUUGUCGAGACCGUCGGCCACGCCCAUAUUGCCGAGUCGCGCUUCGCGCCCAAUCCGGCCAACCAGUCGGCCUUUUGCCAGGCUGUCUUCCUCAUGCUGCGGCCGUACCCGACCAAGAACGCGAGCCUGCUGGACUCGUUCCUCGAGCAUAAGAUGGAGAACGAGCGGCUGCGCCGCCGCAUCGACGACAUCCGCCACGAGGAAGCUUCCGAGGACCACGACAUUCAUAUGCACAGCCACGGCCACAACCACAACCACGGGAACCAUGACAGCCACGACCACCGCGAUGGCCACUCGCGUGCCCAUAGCCUCUCCAGCCUCUGGCGCCACAGCAUCGGCUCGCGCUCCGACCUGGCCACCUCCGACGCCGGGGCCGGCGUUUUAUCCAUGCAGAUGGCGCCUCCACCACAUCCCAUGAGCAUGGGCACCUCCACCAGUCUCAACAAUGCCGCGCUCACCCGCGAAAACCUCGAGGGCAUCGCAGCCCGACGGCCCGAUUCGCUCCGCGACAAGAUGGAACGUUACAAGGGCGUGACGGCAACAGCGGCUCCAUCCAACGGGUCCACGGCCGCUCCUGGCGGCUCUGGCGAGAAGACUGCGCGCCAGGCUGGACCCAUGGGCACGGCCACGCACGCCGAUACCAUCGAGAUGCUCACUGGCCUACGCUACCAGGAGGGUGAGCGCAGCAAGGGCCUAUCGACAGGCAACCGGAGCCCGCAGCUCGUCAAGGGCGACGUAGGCAUCGCCUUCUCGCUCAAUCGGGACCAGCGGGCCGGCGAGAAGAAGAAGAAGAUGCGGCUGGCAGAGGAAUACGUCUGCACAGACUGCGGAACCUUGGAAUCACCGGAAUGGCGCAAGGGACCUAAUGGUCCCAAGACGCUGUGCAACGCUUGUGGCCUGCGCUGGGCAAAGAAGGAAAAAAAGGAAAAGAAGAGGGAGCAGCUCGCCGAGACAGCGGUAGGGCCACAAUCACCCACGCGGAAUCGGGAGUAG